AUGCCUGGUCAAGAAUCGCUGGUUGUGCCAGAAAUGGAACGAAGCAAGCUGCCAGUCAUUUCUCCCAGAAAUGUGUUUGCUGCACAUAACGUCAACGUCACCGCAGAAGCUCCAAUAAAGAAGGAGGCGAUCUCCCAAUCCGAUUGUCUGCAAUCCGAGAAUGAAGACGCCGUUGACUGGGAUUUCUGGCUCACCCCCGAAGUUCUCAGCGGCGAAGGCCCGCCACCUUUUGGAUGA